CCGGCUUUGUGCCUGAUGACUUAUAAAAACCUAAGUGCGCCCACGAUGAUCGAUGUGCAUUCAAAGAGACUACUGCUAGCUAGCUUCAGAGUGGACACACACGAUAAGCUCUCCGGCGUCGUCCAGGAAGGAAGAAGAACAUUUAGAGAUGGGCCACGCGAGCGCGGCCCUCCCCGUGAUUGACCUCGCGUCCCCGGACAUCAGCGCCGCCACCAAAUCCAUCAGGCAGGCGCUGGUGGAUUACGGCUUCUUCUACGUGAUCAACCACGGGAUCGACGGCGCCCUGAUGAACAGCGUCUACGCGGAGAGCAGCAGCUUCUUCCAGCAGCCAAUGGAGGAGAAGAUGGCGCUGCGCAAGAACAGCAGCCACAGAGGCUACAUUCCGCCCGAUUUUGAAGGCUUCGAGGCUGACGCUGGGGGGAAGGGGGACCUAUUGGAGUGUUUCCACAUUGGGUCUGGGGUAGACGGCGAAUCCAAGAAUGAUGUGAAUCAGUGGCCGCCUGCAGAACGCUUUCCAUCUUGGAAGAAGACAAUGAAGUCGUACUACGAAUGUGCAAUGGGAACUAGCAAAAGGAUAUUGUCCCUAAUUGCUUUGAGUUUAGACCUUGACGCUGAAUUCUUCAAGCCACAUGACUCCGAAACAAUUCUUCGGCCAAUUCAUUACUCAGGUCGGGCAAUUGAAUCGAAACAUGGAAGUGAUCAUGGUGCAAACGCUCAUACGGAUUAUGGAAUGUUAACUCUUCUUUCAACAGAUGGCACCCCUGGCCUGCAGAUAUGCAGGGACAAGGAUGGCCGUCCCCAGCUCUGGGAAGAUGUUCAUCACAUUGAUGGAGCACUUGUUGUGAACAUUGGUAAUUUGCUAGAAAGGUGGACAAAUAAUGUUUAUAGGUCUACCCUGCAUCGUGUUUUGAUGGUUGGCAAGGAGCGGUAUUCAGUGGCUUUCUUUGUUUGGCCAAGCCCAGAUAUGAUGGUUACAUGCAUGGAAAGUUGUUGCAGCGAGGCAAAUCCACCAAGAUACCCACCUAUUAGGUGUGGCGAAUACUUGGAGCAGAGAUUAACUUCCACAUACAAAUACAAAUAGACUACUCUAUCGUGGUAAUUCCUGGCUGUAGUCUGUUUGGUUUUAUCAGAAGUUGCCAAAAGCUUUCUGUUAAUGCAGUCAAGUACCAUAGUUGAUGAAUCAUGGGGUGUAAUCUCUAUGUUUUUGUAUCGACUUAAAUUGAGAGUUUCGUAAUAAAUUGGGUGUGAUGUUGUCUGAUGAUGUAAUAAGGACAAUUUGGAAUAUGAUGAGGUGGCUAGUAUCGGCUAUAUAUUA